ACGAACGCGGCAGGAUGUUCGUCAAGUCUGAGACCCUGGAGCUCAAGGAGGAGGAGGAAGUGCUGGUGCUGUUGGGCGCGGCCUCCCCGGCCUCAGCCGCCCUGACCCCGCUGUCGUCUAGCGCGGACGAGGACGAGGACGAGGAGCGGGGAGUGCGUGGCGGGGCGCGCGGGGCCGGCCCGGGGGCGGCGGGCACUGGUGGUUGCGGGCCGGCGCGGCUGCCGGGGCUGGGGCUCGAGUGCAAGCGGCGCUCCCAGCGCUCUCGGGCAGCCUCGCGUGGCGCCAAGACGGCCGAGACAGCACAACGCAUAAAGAGGACGCGCAGGUUGAAAGCCAACAAUCGCGAGCGCAACCGCAUGCACAACCUCAAUGCGGCGCUGGACGCGCUGCGCGAGGUGCUGCCCACCUUCCCCGAGGAUGCCAAGCUCACCAAGAUCGAGACGCUGCGCUUCGCGCACAACUACAUCUGGGCGCUCACCGAGACGCUGAGGCUAGCUGAGCACUGCGGAGCCGGCCUGCCGGGGGCGCUCUUCCCCGAGGUCUCAGGCGCCGCGCCCCGCAGCGGCGGGGACAGCCCGUCGCCGGCUCCCACGUGGAGCUGCACCGCCAGCCCCGCGCCGUCCUCCGCCGCGUCCUCCAGCUCCACCUCCCCCCACAGCUGCACUUUGUCUCCCGGAAGCCCGGCGGGGUCCGACCUGGACUACUGGCCGCCGCCCGCCGACAAGCAAUGCUACGCGCCGCACCUGCCCCUGACUGGGGACUGCCUCGGGCCUUAG